ACAAAAGGAAUUCUAGACUCAGUGAAUAAACAAGUGCCGCAGGGGGAUUGAAGAUACUGUAAUCAAGGGUAAAGCAAGAUACUUCACAACCCGCUUUUCCUGAAAUGGACUCUAUUUUGGGAACUCUGCGUCUUUUAUUCCUGUGUCUGGGCUUUAAUACUGGAGGUGCUGUAUAUUAUUGCAAUGUUGCAGAUCCAUGUGCGCAAGCAAAUGCAUCUUCAUUCUUUGAACCUUAUGCAAGAUUUGAAAAUUGUCAGUAUGAUUCAAAAUACGCACCAUGUGACCGUUACAUAACUCCUCAGUGGUACAGAGUAAAUGACGCAAUGCUGACGCAAUGUCCGGAGCUUCUAAGUUGUGGUGCUGUUUACCCUCUUUGGCUAAAAGGGUCCUUGCCGACUGCUAGUGAAGGUAUUGUUGAAAGAAAAGCAUGCAAGGUCGGAUUUUCAUCUUGUUGUUCAAAGGAAUAUGAUGUGAAGAUCAAGCAUUGCGGAUCAUUUCAUGUUUAUUGCCUGGGGGCUCUUGAUUCCUGUUCCGAACGGUAUUGUUUUGGCAAACAGGGUUUAUGUGAAUACCCAAAUACGAACACAAUGUCGACCACAACAACACCAAAACCAACAACACUCAGCCCAACAACGACAUGCUCUGAGGAUCCUUGCAUAGAAAGCAACCUCCAAACAUUGACACAGACUGAAUUUCGCUCUAUGCAUUGUGAAUACAAGCAAGGACAGAGUAACUGCGAUAAUCAUCUUACAACAGGAUGGUAUAAAGCCAGGUUUCCUAUGCUAAAUCAGUGUCCAAAACUUUUAAGUUGUGGAUCAAUAUACCCUGUAUGGAUGAAUGGAAGUGUCCCCAGUACGGGCGAUGGUGUUGUUACAAGAAAGGCAUGCCAAAGAGGUUUCCACAGUUGUUGUUCUAAGUCCUAUGACAUCAAAGUAAAGAACUGUGGCAAAUACACUGCGUACUGCCUAAAGGGAGUUGAUACUUGCCCUUCGCGGUAUUGCUUCGGUGAUCAACUAUGUGAGGAUGAUGAAGAUGAUAAGAGAAAAUCAGAUUCGGAUGACGAUGGGGCUCAUCAGCAUGGAAAUCUGGAAAUUAUUCUCGGCGUGAUACUUGGUGUGUUGAUUCUUAUACUUGUUGUGAUGCUGAUAAUUGUGAAAAAGAGAUACGUUAAAGGGAAUAGUAAAACAGGCUCGACCGUCAAUAUCCAGGUGGCAGGGAAUAAUAUACAGAAGAUUAAUAACCUUGCUUACUCGACAGAAGAUCAUAAGUGGGGGAAUCCUCCUCCAUACAGACCUUGAUAACUAAACAUAAGAAUAUGAGCUAAAAUAUUAUGUCUUAUGUUAGACUGAAUGUGGAAUAUAUAUUACAUUGGGUCAUUAUUAUUAUUCUUUUUUUUUUCAAAUUUGUUGAAAUGAUGGAUAUUUUUUUUCUACUAACAAGAGCUAAUGUAAGCUUGUAAUAUAUAUUUACCAGCUUUUAAAAUAUGUGAAAUAAUAGACUUUCUCGAAUAAGAUCGGUGUAUAUUUGUAUUGCAUGCAGAUUUCCGUGGAAAAAUAGAGUCAUUAACAUUGUGAAUUGUACUUCGUUAUUCUGAAAGGAAUGAAUAUGCCUGAGAAAAUGAGCAUUUUAAACAGGAAGAAGAGGGCGUCACCUUUAGUUUCAUUUAUUUAAGAAAAAAAUCAAAAGUUGUGCGUUGUUUCACACAUAUAAAGUAAUUGCUUUCACACAUUAGAAUGAAUUCCUUAAUUUAAUAUAUGUUUAAAAAUUUUUAAAUGAGCCCUCAAUGAUAAAUUUAC